AUGUUAAGUCGGCCAAAAUCUGACAUUCAAAAGGCUGAAUGGGAGGAAAAUGAGUUUCCUAGCGUAUGUGAAAGAUGUCUAGGUGACAAUCCGUAUAUUCGUAUGACUAAAGAGAGCUAUGGUCAAGAAUGCAAAAUUUGCUCCCGACCAUGUACUGUGUUUCGUUGGCUCGUAAGUCGUGAGCAACGACAGAAACAUACAGAGAUAUGCGUAGCUUGUGCUCGUAUGAAAAAUUGCUGUCAAUCUUGUAUGCUGGAUUUACAAUUCGGUUUACCUAUGGCUCUUCGUGAUGCUGCAUUAAAACUUGUUGAUUCUGGACCAACAAAUGACAUUAAUCGUGAGUUCUUUGCUCAAAACAAUCAACAGCAGUACGAAGGAAGUGAAACGCCCUACGACAACAGAAAGGCUAGCACAGUUGCCCGCAAUUUGGUCAAGCGAGUUGAGAAACGUGAUCCUUACCCAAAGAAAAAUCCACGGAGGACAGUUGCCGAUAAUGAAGCCAAACAAUUGCUGCGAACCGCUAAAGCUGCCGAUGCCGCUGCAGGUGUUGACAGACCAACGUUCCCAAUAGCCAAAAUCGCUAACGGGCAAGUUACAUUGUCUGUAAAUAUGGAGCCGCCGAAGGAUAAAAAAAUUGCAUCGCUCUUUCUUAUAGGUGUAGAGGAUGAACUUGCCGACUAUAAAAUUCGGAAGCACUUUGAACAGUUUGGCCCUGUUCGUUCAGUAGUCUGCUCGCACAAAGCAAAGUGCGCAUUUGUGAAUUUCAAAUCUCGAGCCGCAGCAGAAUCUGCUGCCAGCGCUUAUCCAAAAGGAGAGGUAUUUAUUGAUGGUUUCAAACUUCGUGUUCAAUGGGGAAAACCUAGAGCACUCGGCGGUGGAGAUGCGGAAGAGCGCAACAGUAAGCUUGCGAAACUUGUUAUGAAGGGAUCUGUUCAAAACAAAUCUGUUGCUCGUGUUGGCGAUUCAGCGGAACGCGCAUCUAAUGUUGAAGAAACAAAGGUGAAACAAGAAAUUGCGGAACCUGUCGGUUCAACUCAACAUCACUAUCCUUCCCAAAAGCGCUGA